AUGCACCGCACUAUCAGCUUGAACUUCAAUGUCGUCCUCGAAGGACAGCUUGAGUUGAUCUUGGAUUCAGGGGAGAAGCGCAUACUCAACCGUGGCGAUUCGGCGAUACAACGGGCCAUCAAUCACGCAUGGAGGAACGUCAGCUCCACAGCAUGGGCUCGGAUGGUUGCCGUGCCCAUUCCAGCAGAGGCAAUCCAGAUUUGUGACAAGAAGCUUGAAGGUACUGGCAUUCCAGGAAUGAAUUCUUCGUAG